AUGCUCUCUCUCCCCCAUCUUGUCGACAGCAGGAGUGCCACGGACGAGAACGUCCACAGAAAGACCACGCGGCCAAGACCGAGAAACGUCGCCAAACAGCAGGAACGGGCCUUGGUUGUCUGGACUCCACCGGCCCACGCCGCAGACGUUGGCGCGGAAUCCCCCGCUCUGGUCCCUGCCAGAGAAACAGCACUUGUUGUAUGGUCGCCACCCAACCGAUCUCAUGUUCGCUCUCGGUGCCGGCACUUCUCGGAUGGCCACUCCCACUGGCCCACACCCGCACUGCUCGUGCUCGGCACGUCGCAGCCGUCCCUGUGGUACCCGGUGAGCCUCGCCACUGAGAGGUGCCCCCUGCCUAUCGCGCCGGCGAACAGCGCGAGCUGUGGCGAAGCAGAAGACGAGCCUCCGAUGGAAGCGGCGCCGCCCGUCACCGGGGUCAGCAUCGUCCCCAACGUCGUCGGUCAGCUGGGUGUCGACUUCGUUUUCCCGGCGAUAGGCAUGGCGGUCCGAUGCGAUGCCACGGCAGCCGUCGCCGGACAACAGCCGCACCACUCGAGCGCGGGGAGCAGGGGGCGGACAUCGGUAACGGGAGAGCGAAGAACGAGGAACUCUUCACGCCCUCGGUCACCUUCACCGCCCCCGCGAUCACGAGGCCGGCCGCAAUCUCCCUUGCGAUCCUCAUCUCCCGCUACGCGUCCGGUCGCGGUAAGAGUCUUUCCCUACCGACCGGUCGCGUCAUCCAGGCCUUUGGCGAUGGAGGUGCCACCCGCAACUCGCCCCUCGACGACGCACGUGCGGGAAGCCCCGUUCAAAAUCGACACUUCAUACAGGACUAACUUCGCCAAGAUCAAGACGGGCAUGUUCGACGGCAAGCACUCCGCUUGCUUCUCCCGCUCAUUCGGACACGGCUUUGGUGCUCCUCGUGGCACCGGAGCAGCUGCUGCACGCACGAGCGCUUCUCAGAAAAAGGACGACAAGAAGAACAACAUGCACAAGACGUAG